AUGGCGUCACCAGGUUCUUCGAAAGUCCCACGUAAUUAUUCUCCAGAUAAAUGUAUGUCAUCUGGUGCAAGCAAUAUAUCCAUUGAUGAAAGUGAAGCUUCUAUUCGUGUAGAUGACAACAAUAUGAAUAAGAAUUCAUAUAUCAAUAGUCCCUCACCCUCAUCAAGUGCAACAAUCAGCACAACUGAUCGCUCAUUUCAAUGUCGUUCAUCAAGGUUAAAAAAUGCUUUUCAUCUACCAAAACGUCGUUAUCGAUAUGACAAAUUGUUCCAUCUGACACAUUCACUUAACCGACAAUAUGUAAUAGCAAUGACAAAUGUACUUUUUCAAAUGCAAAAAGAAAUUUAUAAAUUAAAAAGACGCACAUAUUAUGUUGAACAUGCACUUGCUAAGCAAAAAGCAUCGGGUCAUCCAAUUAUACGUAUACGACGCUUAACAAAGGAUGAAAUUUCAACAAUAUGUAUUAAUGAUAAUGAUAAUCAACAAUAUGAAAUUUCAACAAUAUGUAUUAAUGAUAAUGAUAAUCAACAAUGUAUGGCGUCGAAAAUUUCUGAAGAACAUGAAACUAAUGUUGAAUCACAGCGAACAAUAAUAAAAAAUAUCAAACCUACAAAUGAAUAUAAAAUUGAUAGUGAAAGUUCCAUAAUAAUUGGAAAUAAACUUCAAGACAAUGAUACAAGAGUUCAUCGACGAAAACAAUUAAAUCCUAAAAGUAAAUAUUGUUCAAGAUGUCAACAUGAAUUUGCACAUCGAUCAGCUUAUUUACGACAUAUGAGAAAAGUGCAUCAAGGAAACUUUGCAAUUACAUUGAAUAAUAAUCAUACAUCUGAACGUAAUAAAUCUCAUAUUGAGACAAAUACUUUAAUAAGUGAUCAAUCAACUGUUUGUUCCGAACUAGAUAAUGGAAUGGAACAAGAUCCAAUGCAAGUUUUAGUUAAUCAAUGGGAUAUUGGAGAAGGUCGGUUACGUCCGAGACCAGCAUCCAAAUUAAAUUUUGAGCCAAUCAGCAAAAUAAAAUGUGAUAUAUGUAACAAAUUCUUUCGUGCCGAUUACAUUAAGAAACACAAAAGACGUACUCAUCAUGUUACAGACAAUUUUUCUUCAAAUGGAUUACAUGAUGAUUUAAGUCCAAAAAAAUCUAUUAACAAUGAAAGUAUCUAUGAAAUUCAACCAAUAGCGAGUGAAUCAUCUGCAACUACUACAAAUCCACCAUCAGCAAUAACAAUAGCUGAUUUGGAUACUGAUGAAAUGCCAAUUCGAUUUCGUAGAGAUGGAAAUAAACCAAUUGUCUUUUCUGUAACAUGUCUUGAACGUUAUCAAUCAAAAUACAAAAGACGUACUCAUCAUGUUACAGACAAUUUUUCUUCAAAUAAAUUAAAUGAUGAUUUAAGUCCAAAAAACUCUAUUAACAAUGAAAGUGUCUAUGAAAUUCAACCAAUAGCUAGUGAAUUAUCUGCAACUACUACAAAUCCACCAUCAGCAAUAACAGUAGCUGAUUUGGAUACUGAUGAAAUGUCAAUUCGAUUUCGUAGAGAUGCCAAUAAACCAAUUGUUUUUUCUGUAAUAUGUCUUGAACAUUAUCAAUUAGUAGAUAUAGUUGAUGAAUUUCUACGAAAAUUUUCAUUUCCUAAUCAUUGUUUUUGUGUUUCAUAUCGUUGGUUAAUUGAUUAUAUUAAAUAUGAUCGAAUUGUUGAUAAAGGUGCAUUUGAAAUUGAAGGUGAUGAUACAAAUUAUCAGUCUCAAGGUGGUCCAAAACGUUCACGUUCAAUUGAUAAACGUCAUUCAUUUUUUGAAAAUAUAUGUUUUAUGAUUAAAUGUACGGAAAACAAUGAUAUUAACAUGACAAAUGAUCUUUUACAAGAUUUAAUCAGAACAGGUGAUGGUUGA